UAGAUCUUAACCUCUUUUGAAACGUACAUAGUGCACGUUGUUGUUACGAAUAUGUCUGGGCGAGGAAAAACCGGCGGCAAGGCUAGAGCCAAGGCCAAGACACGUUCCUCUCGUGCUGGACUUCAGUUCCCUGUUGGUCGCGUCCACAGACUCCUGCGUAGAGGUAACUAUGCCCAGCGUGUCGGUGCCGGUGCUCCUGUCUACUUGGCGGCUGUACUCGAGUACUUGACCGCUGAAAUCUUGGAGUUGGCCGGCAACGCUGCCCGAGACAACAAGAAGACCAGGAUCAUCCCCCGUCAUCUGCAGUUGGCCGUCCGCAACGACGAGGAGCUCAACAAACUUCUUGGCGGAGUGACCAUCGCCCAGGGUGGCGUGUUGCCAAAUAUUCAGGCAGUCCUUCUGCCCAAGAAGACUGAGAAAGCCGCCAAGUCCAAGUAAAGCUGAGACAUAAACUACAACCCCCAAACGGCUCUUUUAAGAGCCAUUCACUCGUGUCAUCAAGAGUACAAUUCCAUAUUUAAGCCAAAGGGACAAUAAUUAUAUUUAGUUCAGUGUACAUCGUAGCUACUUAGAAAGAUCUGGCAGUUGCAAAGCAAUUAUGUGUAUUCUUGGACAGAUGGAAGUACAUCACGCCGUAGUCGAUGCCAGCAACUCUUGCAUUGCUAUAAAGAGCUAAUUAAACUCUAAAUCGUACUGUC